GGGCAGGGGCCGCCCCCUCCCCUGCCCAGCGCCGUGCACACUGCUGGGCUUUACCGACUCCGAACCCGCUUGCCGCAAAGGGGAGGGCUUUUCACACCCCUUUGGGGGCGGCCCACGCGUCCCCGGCCCCCGGGCGCCAAAUCGAAACUGCCAGCGGCGGCCCCGGCCCUCCCGAGCGGCCACGACAACGCCCGGCAGGGCCCUGCCCAGCGGCGGGGAGCGGGCCGGGGGCCCGGCAGGCGAGGCCGCCGCAGCGGCCCGGGCUCGCCGGAGGCCGGUGGUCUCAGAGGCCAGCGGCGGAUCCGAAGCCGCGCUGCUCCCGGAACCGGGUUCUGGUUCUCCGACUUCCCUCCCCCGGUAGUUUUUACCUCCCUGACCCAGACUUCCUGUGAGUCAUCGCGGCAGCCGUCGGAGAAGUGAGUGGAAGCGGAGACCGAGCGUGGGGAUGGGGAGCCCGGCAAGUGGUGAAUUAAAACCUUCUCCCUGUCUAAGCCUGAGGGCCGUGAGGGAAAGCAGAUGAAGGGAAAUAAGAAUUACCGCCCAAAGGGGAGUCAUGAAAACUGGCAUCAGCACCUUUGUAGGCUCAGAAGCUCCCCUGAGCCUUGGCAGGCCAAGAAAAUUAGAGGACAUGGCAAGAAAGACCCCAGAUGAUCACUCUUCUUGUGCAUGAGCUUCCUGCCAGCUCAGCCCCAAGAAACCGCACUAUGGAGAAGCUGACUGUUGUUAAGGUGGAAGUGGAAGAUCUUCUCAAGCAACCCCGGGAGAAGAUGUACACUUGCACUAUCUGCGGGAACAGCUUUAAUCACAAGGGCAUCCUAGCCGCACACCAGAAGACCCACAAGGAGGAGUUGCUGGUGGAGCACCAUGAGCAGGAGGGCAGUGCCGUCACAGCAGGAAAGCUAACGAGCCAGCAAGCCGGCAGAAGGGCAGAGGAUGCCAGCCAGGAAGGCAUGAACCAGGAGGGAGAUCUCUCAGUGCAGAAGGAAUCCCUGCAGAAAGCAAAGCCCUACUCUUGCACCGACUGUGAGAAGAGCUUCAAGAUGAAGGUGGACCUCACCAAGCACCUCAGGACCCACACUGGGGAGAGGCCUUUCCCGUGCACUGAGUGCGGGAAGAGGUUCAUCACCAAGUCGCAGCUGAAGGAGCACCAGAGGAUCCACACAGGGGAGCGGCCUUACCAGUGCUCCGAGUGCGGGAAAUGCUUCACGCAGAAGUCACAGCUCAUCGUUCACCAGAGGAUCCACACUGGUGAGAAGCCCUAUAAGUGUGGCAGCUGCCAGAAGAGCUUUGUGGACAAGUCUCAGCUGGUUGCCCACCACCGUAUCCACACAGGUGACCGCCCCUUCAAGUGCGGGGUGUGCGCCAGGGGUUUCCGCCAGAAGAUCACCCUCAUUAAACACCAGAGGGUCCACACUGGGGAGGGGAUACGACGGCAUGGCGGGCCCCAUGCUGGCAACGCCUCACAGCUCAUCAUGCCCGAGUCGACGCCGGACGGGGAGAAGAUAUUCCGAUGCGGCACGUGUGGAAAGGAGUUCAAGAAGAAGUCGAUCCUGGUGACCCAUCAGAGGAUCCACACUGGGGAGGAACCCUACCAUUGUGCCGAGUGCGGGAAGCGCUUCCGGCAGAAGAUCCACCUAAUCCGCCAUCAGAGGACCCACGCCAGGGGGGAGGCCCAUGUCUGUGUUGAGUGCGGGGAGGGCUUCAGCAGCAAGGGACAGCUACUAAGGCACCAGCGGUGCCAGCACCAGAGCGAGGGACCCCACAUUUGUCCCGACUGUGGGAGAAGCUUUAGCCAGAAGGUAGGCCUCAUGGCACACCAGAGAGUCCAUGAGAGGGAGAAGGGAGAUGGGAGCCCUGGUGAGGCGGCAGAUGAGAGGCUGCCUGCCAAAAAUGGGAAAGGCAGCGGCCACUCAGGAGACCUGACGGCACCACGUAAGAGCCAGGUCUACACCUGCACCCAGUGCGGCAAGACGUUCACCAAGAAAGGGAACUUUGCCAACCACCAGCGGGCCCACACAGAGGAACGGGCACAUCGGUGCGGCGUCUGUGGCAAGAAGUUCACCAAGAGGGGUGAGCUGACCAAGCACGAGCGGAUCCACACGGGCGAGAGGCCAUACGUCUGCGCCGACUGCGGCAAACGCUUCACCCAGCGCACCCAGCUGGUCACCCACCAGCGCAUCCACACCGGCGAGAAGCCCUACCCCUGCGCCGACUGCGGCAAACGCUUCAUUGACAAGUCCCGGCUGACCGUGCACCGGCGUAUCCACACCGGUGACCGGCCCUUCCAGUGCACGGCCUGCAGCAAGGGCUUCCGCCAGAAGAUCGCCCUCAUCAAGCACCACCGGGUCCACGAGAGGGGCCGGCCAGAUGGGGAGGUCUCAGGGGGGAAGGAGCAUGAAUGCCCCCAGUGCGGUAAAGGCUUUGGCACCAAGGAGAACCUAGCCAGCCACCAGCGGCUCCACACCACCGAGAGGCCCUUCAAGUGCAGCGAGUGCGGGAAGAGCUUCACACAGAAAGCCCAGCUGGUGGUGCACCAGCGCAUCCACACUGGGGAGCGCCCCUUCCGCUGCGCCGACUGCCACAAGGGCUUCAUUGACAAGUCCCGGCUCAUCGUCCACCGCCGGAUCCACACCGGCGAGCGGCCCUUCAAGUGCGCGGCCUGCGGGAGGGCCUUCACGCAGAAGAUCGCCCUGACCACCCACCAGAGAGUCCACAUGAGGGAGCACGAGGCUGCCCGGGAGCCUGACAAAUACUCCAAGCAUGGAGAGAACGACGCGGGCAAGGCCGAGCCAGGCGAGGAGUGGCCCUUCCCCUGCAACGUAUGCGGCCGGGGCUUCCGCAAGGAGAUAGCCCUCAUCACCCACCAGCGGGUCCACACCAAGUACGAACCCAACAGGUGCAGCAAGUGCGGCCAGGUCUUCCCCGACAAGGCCCAGCUGCUCCUGCAUCAGCCCUCCCACGCGGAGGACCGGCCCUUUAAAUGCAACACCUGCGGGAAAGAUUUCAAGCGGAAAGAGAUCCUGAUCACCCACCAGAGAAUCCACACGGGAGAGGUGCCUUUCAAAUGCACCGAGUGCGGGAAAAGCUUCUCCCAGAAGGCCAACCUCAUGAAACACCAGCUCACCCAUACCCGGAGGGGCCCCUUCAUCUGUUCUGAGUGUGGGCAGAGCUACACCACCUUGGGUCAUUUUAAAAGGCACCAGAGGAACCAUCUGAGAAAGCAAGCCCCUCCUGGGGAGGGGAAAGACAUGGCGGAGGAGCUGGACGCAGACGGGCUGUUGGAGACUGGCGAGCACAACGGGCCCAUCAUCGUGGUGAAGACGGAAGUCGAUACAGACGACUAUGAGGUCCUGCAGGUCCCAUGACACCGCCUUCAGCAGGGAGCGGUGCAUGUGUAAAGGGAUCCUCCAGAGGCAAUGCAGGAGUAAGGGCCCCGGUGCUGCCAACCCCUAGCGUUGGAAGAAUCCCGGAUCUAGCUGCCCCCCCCAGUCAUGAGACUGGCUAAAAUGUCAUGAGAUCUGAGAAAAAAUACUACAUAUGGGGUUCUUUUUAUGAGCCUUUGGGGGUCACGUUUUCAAGGUUUUCUCUGCAACCGCAUGGGCUAGAAACUUACUUUUUCAAAUGAAAUCUGUGAUUUUGGAUGUCUUCAUGUGACUCCUGGAGCUGGGGCUUUAAGGAAAAACACCAAAUAUCCCAAGAGUUGGCAACACUGACUCUUCCGUAGGUUGGAAUCCUAGCACUCAGCAGCACCAAAUAUCAAUAUUAAGCCAGCUGACCUGGGUUGCUGGUGGCCCAGGGGAGAGCAUCAGCGAUUCACUGCAGUGCAAAACGUCAUCGGUCGUCAUUCCGUACAGCAAUAAGAGAGGCAGACAUCAUCACAGGGCUCCACAUGGAUGGACCAGUGGGCCCAUGCAGAGCUCUGUUGAAGUCAAUAGGCUCCCCAGGGGACACAGACAUCCACCUGUAUGGAAAGGUUAGCUGGAGCAGGGCCAAUGUACCUAGAAAGAGAGCACCUACUUGAAGCGAGAGAGGUCCAGAUCCUCAAAGGUAUUUCGGUGUCUAAUUCCCAUUGGCAUCCACAGGGCAUUAGGCACCUAAAUACCUCUGAGGGUCUGAGCCAUAGUGUUUACUUCAAAGUCUGAUCUUUUUUGAUGAUCACACUUUAAAAUACGCUCACAUGCGGUUUUAUUUCGCCAUGCGAUCACCAGUUUUAUUGUUUUAAUACAGGACAGUCACUGCAAAAGCACUAUUCUGGUUGAGGAUUGAAACACACAGGUGGCCUGAUUCAUGGCUAUGUGACUCCAGUUGAAAUCUGCUGAUUCCAGUGGAACUACACUGGUGUAAAACUGGAGGAACGGAGGGGGAAAAUCAGGCCUAAGCUAGUUCAGGUUUUGCUGUCAGCUCCUCAGCUGCUGCCCAUCGUCAGAGCUCAGCUGAAGUCACUGGAAGUCACCCCAGCUUGCAUCAGCUGAGAAGCGGGUCCGUGAUUCCCACAAGAAGCAUUCCUCCCGCACUCUUGUAUCUAUAUAUUCCAGCAGUUCAGUAGUUCUGUGUCCAGGAGCCCAGAGUAUGACAUGUAAGGGGCUGACAUUAGGAGGGAACGAUACCUUUGACUAUCCUCUCUGUUUUGCAUUUAAAUUCAUAAUCAUAGCAUUGCCCUGGCCUAAGGCCCUUCCCUCUCUGUAGAAAAUCCCCAUGAGAGGGAAACAUGGGCCAUGAUCCUGAGAACCUGUAAGUCCCACGACUUCCCAACGGUAUGAUCCAGGAGGACUUGUGCCCCAAGUCUGCUGAUCCCAGGGCAUUUGCAGGGCAGGGUUGUCUACCUCUUCCCCUUCACUCCCUGCCAGCUGGCUGUAAGUCACGCUUAGGGCUUAUACGGCUAUUGGUUCCCAGCUCCCCUGGGUUAAAGCUGCAGGGAUUGCUAUGGAAAGCAUCUCUCUCCUGACUCUGCCCUGGGCAACCCCAUGAAAAGGCACUGAGGUCCAGUCACAUGGAGGCUCAGGGAUGAAGAGAGCAAUGGCAGCUGUAGGGGCAGCCAAGCACUGCAGCUCCAUCCAUCCCAUUGGUCCCCAGGGAUGAUGGCAGGGCUCAGCCUUGGUUUGGCAUUAUGGUCGGAACCAUUUCCUCAAUCCCUGCUGUCUUCUGCUCUCUCUCCCCUUCCCCAGCAGAGUCAGGGUUUGCAUUACAGACAGGAUCUUGGUUCCUCCAAAGUAGGUCUCCACUGCUGCAGGGAGCGAGCCGCCCAGCCCGGGGAAACAGACUUGGGUUAGCAUGCUACAAAAUAGCUGUGUGGACAUUAUGGCACCAGCCGAGGCUCAGGCUAGCCAUGCGGUCUGAGACCCACCCUACCGGCUGGGUCCAAGCUCAGGGAGCUAGCCAGAGCCUCCACCCGGGGCCGCAACAGCCACUCUGCUAUGUUUUUGAGCAUGCUAGCCCAAGUCCUGCUAGCAGGAGUCUGGCUCCCCGGACUCCUUGGUGCAGCGGAGACAUGCCCGAAGAAUUCACAGAUCUCUCCUGGGUCCUCCCUUCCUGAAGUCAGCACGCUCCAUUUGCGACAACAGAGACACAUGGGAGUUAGAGGUGGAAAAGCCUCAUUCGGUCAUUUCCCUUCCAAUGUAGGAUUCCCUACCUUGUCCCAAGUUUUGUCCAGUCCAGUUACUAAAUGUCCCAAAGGAAAAUGGCUGCCCCAAUUUCCCUGAGGAGACCAUUCCACAGCCUAAUAGCUGUUGAGAAAGUUCCCUUUAUAUUCAUGCUAAAUGCUCCCUGUCUUAGAUUUCUUCCAUUAUCCUGCAUAGCACACCAAGAAUGAGGCGCAAUGUUUUACUGCACAGGGUCUGCUGAAAUUCUGGUCUGGAUCAUGCAAUAUGGAAGUGCAUCGCUGCUUGCAGGGAGUGCCAAGAGGAGCAGCAUUACCUAAACGAUGAUGGAGGAUUCAGUAAGUCUAUGACUAUCUGAAUUCUGUGAACACCAAAGAGGGAGAGGAAUGAUUUACGCCCUGAUCCUGCAAACGCUUUUACACUUGCAUAACUUGUAGCACAUAUAUACGCCCAUCGAAUGCAACAGGACUAUUCGUAUGCUUCAAGUUCAGGACAUUUAAGGGCCUUAAUCAUCCCUCUUCGGUGUGCACAGCAUUCAGAUAGACUUAUUGUGCCCUCCGUCAUUAUUAGCUCAUCCUGCUCUUCUCUGAAUGUCCCCCACUCAGCAAUCCAUUCCCAUAUUGUAUUAUCCAGACCAGGAUUUAGGCAGAUCCUGUGGGGUAAAACUGUGCAGUACAAAUUGGGGUCCAGAGCUGACCCAAAAAAAUAGCAAAACUUUCAUUUUUUCAUUUUGUUUUUUUCCAAAACUGACUAAUUUUCUCGGUUUUGGAAAUUUCCUCCAACCUUUGUUUUAAUGGACCUUCCUCCCCCCCCCCCCCCCAAAAAAAAAUUUUAGAACAUGGAAGUAGAACAUUUUUGGUUUAGGAAAAACUCAACCUGUGAUUAACCCAAGCAAUUAAAAUUGGUGCCAGAAAACGUAAAGGGUAAACAAAAAUGAAUACAUGAAAAAAAAAUCAUUGAAAAAAAAAGGAAAAAUGUUGAAAAAAAUCAAACUGUUUUCCAAUAUUUCAUGUAGGGGUUUCCUCAAAGGUGAUUUUUUUGCGGAUCCAGUAUAUACUUUGUUCCACUUUUUUUGGCCAGCUCUACUGUGUUUCUCAGUCUGCAAUCUAGAGAGUAACACCAACCUCAGUAAACAUUCCCAUGUUCCCUACACCGGCACGUUGAAUAAGUUAUCCAGCAAAUGCAACCCUUUAUUCUGGGUCUCGUUUUCAAACUGAUCCUGAUUUCUGAUACUCAGGCAGCAACUUGCAAGUAUGCCCCAAUUUAUAUGAACAAAUGAGAGUCAUAGUGAGUUUGGGAACUGUACAUUCGGUGAUGUGUGAUUGGUCGCCUAAAUCACAUGGCAUUGUUUCUACCCCCGACUGGAUGACCAGCUUUUCAAACAGGAGAACAACAAAUGAAAUAACCUAUGUUGUUUGCAGGCAAAUCCAACUAUGCAAAUAAGGACUAGAAAUUCCUCAAACAUCCAUGCCAACAAAAACCCAUUCAUGCAAAACUUCAAGAAUAACCAGUAUUAAGAAACAUGACCAUGACCCAGCCCAAAACCCUUUGGAAACUGACUGGACAUUCAUUAACUCUGUAUUGGCAAUUGUCAAGUCAGCUCUCCAGAAAAGUGUGACUUCAGAGGGGGAUCUGGUAAUGUGAGCAGAUGAAUUUUUGAGAGAACAAAAGAUCCUGUUUUCUUGCAAAUACUCCUAGUCUGCAGUAGUCAAAUGCUCACCGUUUUCUAGGCGACAUCUGGGCUCUGUAAAGCCAUAUUGGCCAGUGCAUCCUGCAAAUGAGAGAACAGUAGGAAAGCAUUUGAGAACGAGGGGGAAACAUUAGAAAUGGGUUGGG